ACCUUGGUAAGUUGGAAUUGCACUUCAAAUCCGGUGAGUUAUGGCUUCUAUUCCUAUUAUUGUUACUUGCACCUCAUGUCAUAUGUUUAGCUUAGCCUUCUCUGUCAGCUGCGAGGGUUUUAUAUGCGAUAAAUGCAGGGAAAUAGUUAGGCUGACAGAGAAGAUCUUAGAAUUAGAGUCUCGCAUCCAAUCUUUAUCUGAGGAUAGUAAGAGUUUAACGACGAUAGAAAACACUUUGGAUGCGAGCAACAUUAGCGCACACAGCUCGGUUCCGGUUGAAAAUCCUCCGCAGCUGGGAAACUUCGUGACUGUGAGACGGCGUAGUCGCAGGACAAAACAUCACUCGACCGUUCCGAUUACAGUCUCGAACAGGUUUGCCCCGCUCAGUGACGCACCGACUGAGAAACCUGCUGAAAGUGCCCUAGUUAUCGGUGAUUCUAUUGUUCGGAACGUUAACAUAGAGGCACCAGCCACCAUAGUCAAAUGUUUACCGGGAGCCAGAGCGCCUGACAUCAAGUCAAAUUUAAAUGUGCUGGCUAAGGCUAAUCGUAAAUUCAGUAAGAUUGUCAUUCACGUCGGCACAAAUGAUGUUCGACUCCGUCAAUCGGAGAUCACAAAAGAUAACAUUAAAGAGGUGUGUGAGCUCGCAAGCAUGAUGUCAGACACUGUAAUAUUCUCUGGCCCCCUCAAUGCUUAUCGUGGUGAUGAGAUUUAUAGCAGAUUAUCAUCACUAAAUGGCUGGUUGUCUGAGUGGUGCCUGCAGAAUGAUAUAGUUUUUAUAAAUAACUGGAAGAGUUUUGAGGGCAGACCUGACCUGUUGAAACGAGAUGGUCUCCAUCCCUCCUGGGCUGGGACUUCCAUCCUGUCUAGAAAUAUGGCAAAAAGUCUUAAUGCUAAUGCUAAAACUUGACUCGCUG